GCCUCCCUUAGUUCCAUCAGUCGUCUUGUUGGAAAUGGCCAAGGAGUUUUGAGAGGAUCCAGGAAAUACUGGAUAGAUCCCACAAUGGAGGACGGGAAGCCCGUUUGGGCUCCACACCCAACUGAUGGGUUUCAGAUGGGGAUGAUUGUGGACAUUGGCACUGACAACUUAACUAUUGAACCUUUGAAUCAGAAAGGCAAGACUUUCCAGGCUGCUAUCAAUCAAGUGUUUCCUGCGGAAGAGGACAGCAAAAAGGAUGUAGAAGAUAAUUGUUCCCUUAUGUAUUUAAAUGAGGCCACUCUCCUUCACAAUAUCAAAGUUCGGUACAGUAAGGACAGAAUUUAUACCUAUGUAGCCAACAUUCUUAUUGCAGUGAAUCCGUAUUUUGAUAUACCUAAGUUUUAUUCUUCAGAUACUAUUAAAAAGUACCAGGGUAGAUCACUUGGAACGUUGCCACCACAUGUUUUUGCUAUUGCUGAUAAAGCAUUCCGUGACAUGAAAGUGCUCAAGAUGAGUCAGUCCAUCAUAGUCUCUGGAGAAUCAGGAGCUGGCAAGACAGAAAACACUAAAUUUGUUUUGAGGUAUUUGACAGAAUCCUAUGGCACUGGCCAAGAUAUUGAUGAUAGAAUUGUAGAAGCAAAUCCCCUAUUAGAAGCCUUUGGAAAUGCAAAGACUGUUCGCAACAACAACAGCAGUCGUUUUGGGAAAUUUGUAGAAAUUCACUUCAAUGAAAAGAACUCGGUGGUUGGUGGAUUUGUAUCACAUUACCUUCUGGAGAAAUCUAGGAUCUGUGUGCAAGGCAAAGAAGAGAGGAAUUACCAUAUCUUUUACAGGCUUUGUGCUGGUGCUCCAGAAGACAUUAGAGAAAACCUGUACCUAAGCUCUCCUGACAACUUCAGGUAUUUAAAUCGAGGCUGUACCAGAUACUUUGCUACCAAAGAAACAGACAAGCAGAUUUUGCAAAAUCGCAAGAGUCCUGAGUAUCUCAAAGCAGGUUCCUUGAAGGAUCCGCUCUUAGAUGAUCAUGGAGAUUUCAACAGAAUGUGCACAGCAAUGAAAAAGAUUGGUCUGGAUGAUGCAGAAAAACUUGAUCUUUUUAGAGUAGUGGCUGGUGUCCUUCACCUUGGAAAUAUUGAUUUUGAGGAAGCUGGGAGCACUUCAGGGGGCUGCACGCUGAGGCCGCGGAGCCAGCCGGCGCUGGAGUGCUGCGCGGCGCUGCUGGGCCUGGACCAGGAGGACCUGCGCGGCAGCCUCACCACCCGCGUCAUGCUCACCACGGCAGGGGGCGCCAAAGGAACGGUCAUCAAGGUACCCUUGAAAGUGGAACAAGCAAACAAUGCUCGUGAUGCCUUGGCUAAAACGGUGUAUAGUCAUCUGUUUGACCAUGUAGUGAACAGGGUAAACCAGUGUUUUCCAUUUGAGACUUCUUCUUUCUUCAUUGGAGUUCUAGAUAUAGCUGGUUUUGAAUAUUUUGAACACAACAGUUUUGAACAGUUCUGUAUUAACUACUGUAAUGAAAAACUGCAGCAGUUUUUUAAUGAAAGGAUUCUGAAAGAGGAACAAGAACUUUACCAAAAAGAAGGCCUAGGGGUUAAUGAAGUGCGCUAUGUGGAUAAUCAGGACUGCAUAGAUUUGAUUGAAGCAAAGUUAAUAGGUGUACUGGAUAUUUUGGAUGAAGAAAAUCGUCUUCCCCAACCAAGUGACCAGCAUUUUACUUCAGUUGUGCACCAGAAACACAAGGACCAUUUCAGGCUCUCUAUUCCUAGAAAGUCUAAAUUGGCUGUUCACAGAAAUAUCAGAGAUGAUGAAGGCUUUAUUAUCCGACAUUUUGCAGGAGCAGUAUGCUAUGAGACGAUGCAAUUUGUGGAAAAAAACAAUGAUGCUUUGCACAUGUCCCUUGAAUCUCUUAUAUGUGAAUCCAAGGACAAGUUUGUUCGACAGCUGUUUGAAUCUAACACUAACAACAACAAGGAUCCCAAGCAAAAAGCUGGGAAACUUAGUUUCAUCAGUGUGGGAAACAAGUUCAAGACUCAGUUAAAUCUGCUUCUUGAGAAGCUACACAGUACUGGAUCUAGCUUUAUUCGCUGUAUCAAACCUAAUUUAAAGAUGACAAAUCACCAUUUUGAAGGAGGACAGAUCCUCUCUCAGCUUCAGUGUUCAGGAAUGGUGUCAGUUCUGGAUUUGAUGCAAGGUGGUUUCCCUUCACGAGCUUCAUUUCAUGAACUGUAUAAUAUGUACAAGAAAUACUUGCCUGAAAAAUUGGCUCGGCUGGAUCCUAGGCUCUUUUGCAAGGCACUAUUUAAAGCCUUGGGACUGAAUGAAAAUGAUUACAAAUUUGGGCUAACCAAGGUGUUUUUUAGACCCGGCAAGUUUGCAGAGUUUGAUCAGAUAAUGAAGUCUGAUCCAGAUCACUUAGCAGAGCUAGUUAAACGAGUGAAUCGCUGGCUUAUCUGCAGUCGUUGGAAAAAAGUUCAAUGGUGUUCUCUCUCAGUGAUUAAAUUGAAAAAUAAGAUAAAAUAUCGAGCUAGUGCCUGCAUUAAAAUACAAAAGACUAUUCGUAUGUGGCUUUGCAAGAGAAAGCACAAACCACGCAUUGAUGGCCUGAUAAAAGUGCGUACGCUGAAGAAGAGACUUGAUAAAUUUAAUGAAGUAGUAAGUGCUCUGAAGGAGGGGAAGGCAGAGACAAGCAAGCAGGUCAAGGAGCUGGAGUAUUCUAUUGAUGCUUCAAUGACCAAAAUUAAGACCGCUAUAAUGACUAGGGAACAGAUACAGAAAGAAUACGAUGCUCUAGUUAGAAGCUCAGAGCAGCUUCUGAGUGCACUGCAAAAGAAGAAGCAGCAAGAGGAGGAAGCAGAGAGGCUACGACGCAUCCAGGAGGAAAUGGAAAAAGAAAGAAAGAGACGUGAAGAGGAAGAACAACAACGAAGGAAGGAAGAAGAGGAGAGACGUCUGAAAUCUGAGAUUGAGGCAAAGAGAAAACAGGAAGAGGAAGAGAGGAAAAAGAGGGAAGAAGAAGAAAAGCGUAUUCAGGCUGAAAUUGAGGCUCAGCUAGCUAGAGAACGAGAAGAGGAAACCCAGCACCAGGCAGUGCUUGAACAGGAACGUCGUGAUCAUGAACUUGCAAUGAGAAUUGCCCAGAGUGAGGCAGAACUCAUCAGUGAUGAGGCUCAGCUUGAUCUAGGAUUGCGCAGAGCCAAUGGAACAAAGCUGCAAAUGACUGCGGAACAAAUGGCCACAGAAAUGUCAGAAAUAUUGUCUAGGGGUCCUUCAGUUCAAGCCACGAAAGCUGCUGCUGGUACUAAGAAGCAUGAUCUCAGUAAGUGGAAAUAUGCGGAGCUUCGUGAUACAAUCAAUACAUCCUGUGAUAUUGAACUGCUGGCGGCUUGCAGAGAAGAGUUUCACAGAAGGCUAAAGGUAUAUCAUGCUUGGAAAUCCAAGAAUAAGAAACGCAAUGCAGAAACAGAACAGCGUGCUCCCAAAUCAGUCACAGACUAUGAUUUUGCACCAUUUUUGAGCAACUCACCUCAACAGAACCUGACAACCCAGCUACCAGCGAGACAACAAGAGAUUGAAAUAAACAGACAGCAGCGUUACUUCCGCAUUCCCUUCAUCCGUCCUGCGGACCAAUACAAAGAUCCCCAGAACAAGAAGAAGGGUUGGUGGUAUGCACAUUUUGAUGGGCCAUGGAUUGCUCGACAAAUGGAACUUCAUCCUGACAAAGCACCCAUUCUCCUUGUGGCGGGUAAGGAUGAUAUGGAUAUGUGUGAGCUUAAUCUUGAAGAGACUGGCUUAACUCGAAAGCGAGGUGCUGAAAUUUUGCCGAGACAGUUUGAAGAAAUUUGGGAGCGCUGUGGAGGUAUCCAGUAUCUUCAAAAUGCAAUUGAAAGCAGACAAGCUCGUCCUACAUAUGCUACGGCUAUGCUGCAGAACCUGUUGAAAUAAAUGGUCAUUUUGCACAGUAGCGUUCAAGAUGAGAACCCUUGCCCAUGAUACAAAGGGAAGAGUUCCUCUGUGCAACAGAGGACGUAAACAUUCUAUAAUCAUAUUAGAGAUGUUUAAUAUAAAGUGAACAGAUUUUAUUAAUCAUGUGGUUUGUUAAUUUGUACUUUAUGAUGUUUAAUUUGUGUAGUGAACUUUACUAGGUAUGAGGACCUUGAAGAAACUUCAGUCAGUGUAGUUUGUUGCAUUUUGUUUAUAUGCUGCAUUUUCUUUAACAGUUUCUGUUAUAACUCCUAACACUUUUAAGCAAUCUGUCUGUACUUGGGUACAUAUUACAAAGAACUGCAUUGCAACCACCCAACCACCUCGUUAUAAAAUCCCCUCUUUAAAACACUGAAUAGCUGGCUUCAAGUGGUGGCCUAGUAAAGAGGAUAUGCUGUUUCUAAUAACUGGAAUUGUGAGGCCUUAGCUUUGACUUCUGUUCCAGAGAAGUUGGAGUAUACUUUUAUAUAAUCUGAGACAUUUUAUGUCCUGAUUUGAAAACUGGUUAGUGUCUGUAUUUACUGACUUUUUCAGAAACUGAUGGGAAAUCCUCCUAAACUUGAGACCCAUAAAUUCAUAUUUAAUGCAUUCUCUGUCUUGGUUGAAGAGAAGUGGUUUUUGUACAUUCUGAGAAGCGCGUUCAUAUAUGUCAAUAUUGUGUAAUAUUAGAGGUACUCAAAGAAUGUACUGCUCAUUAGGGCUUAUACCACUUCUCUCUUAGUUUCUUUGUCUUUUCUCUAAGUACAAGUUUCCUUUAGACUUUUAUUUUUCUGACCAAAUUUCCGUUAGGAAUUCUUGGACAGUUUGUUUAUCCAGGUAGUGUAAUUUCAAUAUAUUAUGCAAAAUUAUCCAAGACUUGUAUCUGGAGGCAUAUAAGAUUAAGGAUAGCAUAAGGGAAAUAUGUUCAGCUUUUUGGUGGCAGUAUAACUUAACUGAAUAUUGAGGCCUGAGCCUCAGACAUCCUGUUUAUUUUAAUUGUAACGAGAUGCACAAGGUCUGUACCUUUUGUUAGAUUGUAUAAAAAUUUGGUCCAGUAACAUAAUGCAUCUAUGUGCUGAUGAAAUAGCUACAAUUUUUAGUAUACUAGAAUAUCAUAGGAUUUGGACACUGAGCUUUAUUUUAAUCUUCUCUGUCAAGUUCGAUAGCUUGUAACAGUUCCCUUAUUAAGCAGUUUGUUUGGGGAGUUUUUGUGGGUGGGAGUUAUUAAUUUCAUACAGUUUUAAGAUGCGUUUGGUUCACUUAUGUGAAUAUUGUUUCACCGUGCUGGCCAUUAUUUCAACAAAUUAAACUUGAUUAUUUAUUA